AUGCACAACUUUCCAGCAGAAGUAGAUCCUACAUCACCCUUGAGAUCUAGCCACAACGGGUAUACACAGUCUAUAUCAGCACACGAGCAAUUCUCACUCACUAUGGUCACCACCCUCGGUCUCAGUGGUUCCCGCCUGGAUCCUCCUCUUUCCUUGUCUCUAAAGGGCUCAUUGCUCCUGUCCGGGAAUCUGGUAAUUCUAGUUUCCGUUUCUCAGCCAAAACCCCAGCGAUAUACACUCAUUCAUGUUCGUACAACGCCGCACUUGGCAAGGCAGAUCACAGCUGCAAAAUUUGAAGCCGGCUUGCAAUCAAUAUCCGAAUCAGAUGAAGGUGUAUGGUUGGCUGAGAGCACAUUUGUAAUCGCAUACUUCAAAGCCCACAUGAACAAACUGUGUCAUACAAGAGCCCCUUUUCAUAACAACGACUUGCCAGACAUUCUAGUUAACUAUGCUCUCCGUUUGCGUGUUACUCAAUCUUCUGACAAAAAAACCUUCUUACUUGAUGCAGAUUUACCGGAAUUCAAGACAAACGAGGCACUGAAGCACGCCAUCCUAUCUCACCGGGCUGAGGUUUACAAUUAUGCAAGUUAUUGUGAUGGCAUAGUGUGCAGCCGUGCACUUCUUUCUCGACCCAUCAAUAAACCUAUAAAGAAAAAAAUUGGGCUGCAGUUUGAAGCUAUGCAAAACAAUGAUCCGUACAAGUCUUCAGUUUAUGGUGCUACCAAGUCUCACCUGCCAUUUUCUAAAGACAAUCUGAUCUCCGUAAGUACACCGCUCAGGGCUUACCAUAUUGAAGCCGAACGCCAGCGCAGAAAACUGGAGAACAAGCUUCACAGGGAAUAUUUCUGGGAAUGUCAAAUUUCCUCGUAUGGAUUAACUGGGCACCCAGACCAUAUUGAAGAACCUGAGGACCCGGAGUCAUCUUCCGAUGACACGGAUCCUUUUCAGAAAGACUUUUAUAUCUUGUUAGUGCAUCGUCCCUGUCAAUUCGAUUAG